GCCACAGGUGGGUGGUCUGGACAUACGCGAUUUGCGUAACGGAAGACCCGGCCAAGCAGAGACUUUGCGGAGAAAAGUGUGUAAACGGGGCGUCGAUCCACGCAGUUGGAGUACGGAAGGAGGCAGCGGCGGAGAGACGACAUUAUGGACAAGAAGACCAAAGAGAACCAUUCUGGACACCAUAACCAUGCUACCAAGGCUGUAAAUCCCAUUGGGGAUGGCCCGAAACGUGUCCCUGUGCCUCAGCAUUCUGCUCAGAGCCGGUUACUAAGCAGUGGAGUUCAAGCACAACGUGUUCUGUGUCCUUCAAACUUGGCCCAGCGAGUUCCUGUACAGCCACAAAAAUCUGCACUGUCAAACCAAAAACUGUCUAACAACCAGAUAGUGCAGCAGCCUCGACCAAAAUCUCUGGUCCAACCAACUGCAAGGCCUCAGGUUCCAAGCAAGAACAAUGAAAAACCUCAGCAGGCUCCAGUAUCUGCAAAAAAUCCUGAAGCAGAAAGCACAUCUAAACAGAAAAAUGAAGAGACUACUAAAAAGAAAAAUGAAGAGACAAAAAAAAGGCAGUGGUCUCUUGAUGACUUUGAAAUUGGUCGACCUCUGGGGAAAGGAAAAUUUGGAAAUGUAUACCUGGCACGUGAAAAGCAGAGUAAAUUUAUUCUUGCACUGAAAGUGCUAUUUAAAACACAAUUGGAGGAAGCUGGAGUAGAACAUCAGCUACGAAGAGAAGUUGAAAUACAGUCUCAUCUUAGGCAUCCCAACAUUCUCAGACUAUACGGCUACUUCCAUGAUGUUACAAGAGUCUACCUUAUUCUAGAGUAUGCUCCUCGUGGAGAAGUCUACAAAGAGCUUCAGAAGCUUACCAAGUUUGAUGAGCAAAGAACUGCUACUUACAUCACAGAACUAGCAGAUGCCCUAUCAUACUGUCAUUCAAAGAAUGUGAUUCACAGAGACAUCAAACCAGAAAACUUGCUGCUUGGCUCAAAUGGAGAAUUAAAAAUUGCUGACUUUGGAUGGUCAGUGCAUGCUCCAUCUUCUAGGAGAACAACUCUCUGUGGGACGCUUGACUAUCUGCCUCCUGAAAUGAUCGAGGGAAGAACGCAUGAUGAAAAGGUGGAUAUUUGGAGCUUGGGGGUUCUAUGCUAUGAAUUCCUAGUAGGGAAACCACCUUUUGAAGCAGACACAUACCAGGAAACCUACAGAGCUAUUUCCAAGGUGGAAUUCAAAUUUCCUCCAUUUGUAACAGAAGGUGCAAGAGACUUAAUUUCAAAGCUUCUAAAGCAUAACCCAUUCCAUCGGCUGCCCCUGAAGGAUGUACUUGUUCAUUCCUGGCUUACAGCAAACUCUACAAAGAUGCCCAACAGCAGAAAGAGUGAUGUUGCUGCCACAUCGAGAACAUAGUCUUAACAGGGGUAACUGUAUUGGAUCAACAAGAGGGAAGUCUUGUAAUGUGACUACUGUAAAGCUUACAAGGGAGAGAGCAGGCCUUGGAAUCCAAGGGUGGUUGAAGGAGAGUAAGUCUUUGAGCUGGUUGUCAUUUUAAACUCCAAUAGCAAUGUAAAAUUGUCUGAAUUUUUAGCUGGAGGUUGUGGAAUACUUAAUAUACUUGAAAUACAAUUACAUGUGGGCCAGGUAUGUUGAUAAAGGGUAAAGCUAAAUAUUAAGCUGUUGAAGGCCCUUAUGUGGUCUGUCUUAAUUAUUGGUUCCUUCUUCCAAUAGUAAGAGGCAGUUGUGGUUCUAGCUUACUGAACUGUGCAAUAACAAAUCCCAGAGAUACCUGCCUCCUAACUUAUUGGACUGCUAAGGGUAUCACAACUGUGGUGUAAUCUGAAACUGAGUGAGGUGAAUGCAUUUCUAAGAGAUUUAAAAUGAUGCGUGCGUUUUGUCUCUAUUACUCCUUUGUCUUAUAUGUGAGCACUUGACUCCUUAAAUAAAGACUUACAUACUGUCA